UAUAUAUAUGUAUAUAAUACAGAAAAAUACCAGUUUACGCAUUCUUCUCUAUAUUUCAUUGCGAAUUAAUUUUUGUACUAACAUGCGUUCUUCAUUAAAGAAUAGAAAAUGAUAUUUUUUGAAAUGUAUGUGCAAGAGUGAAGAUGUGAAAAAAAAGUCUUGUUUUACAGAUUCUAAUCAUAUAUCCAGAUUAGAACAAGGAAUAGGAAGAACGCUAUUCAUAUUCUUACUUUUAAGCAAUGGAAAUGUCGCGCAGAAUUUAUUUAGGUCCGGCAAAGAAUACAUAUAUUUUUACAACGCUACGUCAAGUACCGGUGUGUUAGUGCCCUCCAACGCAGCUUCUUCGUGGAGCCUCAAUGGCAAGGUCGUGAUUCAGGCGGAAGAUGACUACGUCACAAUACAGCUGCAAUCGUUGAAGACAAAAAUGUGGAAUGGGAAUGUAAAGGAGUCAAGCGAAAAUAUCGAUAUUUAUGAUAACGCUAUAGAACUUUUGAGGCCUUUCCGAAUAUCAUACAAUAAAGGGCUCAUCGAGAACUUUAGCGUUGAAAUAGAACCAGUAUGGGCGACGAAUAUAAAACGUAGCAUAGCUGGAAUUUUACAGUUGGAUCUUUCUAAUUUGGAGAAGGAAGUCGCGUUUCAUUCUAGCGAGAUAAAUCAUUAUGGAAAAUGUAAUAUUGAUUAUGUUGUAAACGUGGAGAGAGAUACUCAGCGUUUGGUAAGGAAAUCGCUAGAUCCUCGGAUAUGUACUGGGCAUCCUUGCCGUAAUUGGUCCAAUGUUCCUAAAGUACAGUGUACCGACGAGGAUCAAAAUCCUGUCCUGAAAAGUAGCGAAAGAGUUAACGCAUCCGGGAGUAUCUAUGUGCAACCCUUUCAAAGCAUGGGAGAGGCGCAUUACCAUUUUGUUCAGCAAACUAUUGAAUUAGCUUCAGUGAAAGAUAUAACGAAUAAAAUAGUUACUAAUAAUUUACGAACUACUAUUCUUCAACAUGAGCUACCUGAAGCAGAUCUGACACAGGGCAGAGGUACUCUGGACAAAAGUUUUAUUUUCAAAUCUAUAAGUCGAUUAUUGGACCGUUUGAGCCACAGGCUCGAAAAUCCUGGUUUGGAUACCGAGAUCCAUAAUCUGCACAACACAACGAUAUCUGUGCUUCUCUAUUAUUUAGAUAUGUUAGAUCGCGUUGAUCUGGGAAAAGCCUAUAAUCGUAUCUCAGGAACUAGUUAUAAAGAGGAAACGAUACGGAAUAUGUUUCUCGAGGUACUGCCGCAAGUUGGGAGUAAAGAAUCCGCUCUUUUCAUACUGGAUCUUAUUCAGAGUAACAAGGUAUCCGAUAUAUCCGCGAUUCAACUUCUCAUGCGGCUACCACUUCACUUGAGAAGACCAGACGCUCAGUUAUUGGUCAGUCUGCAAUCGCUUCUUACGCUGCCGAGCAAGAUCUCCGCGGAAGUGCAAAACACCGCGAUUCUCACAUAUGGAACAUUGAUAUAUAAAACCUGUUUGGUGCAUUGCCCGUACGAGAUGUUGGACGAUUACGUGCGUCUCUAUCUCGACAAAUUCACUGAAAGCACUCGAUACGAACGGAAGAUGGUCUGGCUGGAAGGCUUGGCGAACAUACAGCUUGGUAGAGUAGUUGAGUUCUUAGAGCCAAUAGCUAGCGGCAACAAUGCUGAAUCGCGGCAUUUUCGGGCACUUGCAGCUUGGGCCUCUAUUCCUACAGCACCGUUGAGACCCGACGUGAUUUAUCCUGUUUAUUGGCCAAUUUUGGUUAACAGAACCGAACAUUUAGAGAUGAGAAUCGCUGCGUUAACUUUGCUCGUCGUGUCUAGUCCUACACCUAAUAGAUUAAUAUCCCUGUACUGGUACAUGCAAAGUGAGCCCAAUCAGCACUUGUACAAUUACUUUUAUACAAUGUUAAAAUCUAUGGAACGUACCACUUAUCCUUGUUACAAGCACAUAGGCAGAAUCGCGGCGCAAUUCAGCCGCGUACUUCGAAAACCGUCAAAUAGCAAAUAUCUCAUUACCGGUAACUAUCUGGUUGAUUAUCAAGAUUCGUCGAGGAGAUUUGGUGCUAUAUUGCAAGGCAUUAUCAUAGCCAAUCCUUCUACAAAUAUUCCUGAAGUAAUUUACGUAACUCUAAAUAAUUAUGGCAGUGGAACACAUAUUAACCACUUAUCUUUGUACAUCAAGGCGGAGGGUGUUUUCCACUCAUUAGCAACCUCCUUUGACAAUCCAACAAACAUAAAAGAUAUUCUCAAAGAGUUCAAAUUGGAUGAACAAAAAAAAAACUCUGUGCAUUUAGAAAUAAUUGCGCGUAUUCAAGAAAAAACAGUGCUGUGCGUCCACUGGAAUGAGACAAAGAUAGUUGAGGGGUUGAAGUAUUUGUCUUCUUUAUGGAAUGAUCUAUAUUAUAUGUAUUAUAAUAUGGAAUUUCAUGUUAAUCAACAACGUAUAAAUGUGCCAUUAAUAAUAGAAUCGAUCCAAGCAACCGAUCUCGGUACUAACGUUAGACUCGCGAUGACGGCAACGUCUUUGUUUUCAAUGAGAGGAAAUUUUACACGCGACUUUCCUAUACGAAAUAAUCAUGUUAUUUUACGCACAUCUGUUCAUGGCAUUGAAACGAUAGAGAAUUACAAUCCAUUGGUUGAUUUAUGGCAUAGUGCUGAAAGGGUUCAGUCGCUACAUGGAUAUCUUCCUAUUAACAUUACAAUCGGAUUAGAAGAACGGCCAUUUAUUUCAUACAAUGCUCUAGGAGAACAUCUUAAGACAGGAAUUACAGCACAUGUUAAAACGCUUACAAGCAUUAGAGGUGCAAAUGUUAAAUCGAAGUUGGAGCGAGCUUGUCAUUUUUGUCCUGUAUCAUAUACAGUUUUAAAAUCGUCUAGUUCUAAUCUGCAAACAGUGAAUGUUCUCAACAUUGAACUUCCUGAAUUAGGUGGUCGGCUAAAAGCGAACAUAUUUGAUUGCGAAAACACAAUGCUGUACAAAACAUUGAUUGACGAAAUUUGGUUCUCUCAUCAAAGUAAUUAUCUAACCUGGCCAAGUAUGAAAUUUGUUUUAAUCGGACUACAUUUCUUGGAUUACCUCACUUACAUGUCACCAAGAGGCAGCUGUGGAUUAGCUGCUUAUGUCGAGGCAGUUAAAUCGGCACCAUCGCAGACGAAAUUGGAAUACUUGCAAAGUGGAAAUCGCCAUGUUUUAUCCUUGACACACCACAACUUACAAUCUUCGCAAAUUGUUCAUCAAUGGUUUUUGGCUGCGUUAUACGAAAGCACUAGCUGGCUGUCAGAUGUUGUUAAAAUCAAAGCGUCCAAGGUCGUACCUGGUGCACGCAUAUUUAAGUUUUGCGUUGAGAUCGAGAGACACAUGCCAUGGCAAUGGGAGUUUUUGAGUAAUGAACCGAGCGAUUCGUCUCGCAUUAAAUUAAAUAUCGUCUGGGGAUUAUCCGAUUCCGUGAAAGGAAAAUGCAGCGGAUCUACUAUAUCGAUAAACUUAAUUGGCGAAAUUAGUAGCGAGCAGCUCGAGGAAAGCAAAGAGGCAAACUGGCCUUAUGGCGAAUGUAAGAAAGAAUCUAUUGGAAAAAAGUUCGUUCCUUACACGAAUUCUUGUUACGAAGCAUCAAGAGAAUUGUCAACCUUAAGGAAAUAUACGAUCUCGGCGCAUUAUGAAAACUUACCGGAGAGUUUGUCCAAAUUAGUCUGGAAAAUGUACGCUUUCUAUGAUCUGAUCGGUGGAAACAGCAGUAAUGCGAGAAAGUCUGAUGAGGUUGCGAUAACUGCAAUAUUUCCGAAAGAAUCAUAUGUUGGCGAACUGCAACUCAACGGAGACAAAAUUGCCAUCGAAUACAAUUCGCGCUACAUUGAUUCUUUUCUGAUCCGAACAAGAAUUCAUAAAUAUAUGGAAAUGCUUUUAUUCAGAAUGUUUUCUAGCACAUGUAUCGUAACAUCAGACUCCAUAAAAUCCGGGUACAAUACAGUUUACACUUUCGCUGAAAAUAGCGAAGUGAUAUUACUCGGGCAAUGCUACGAUGAGAAUCCUAGACUCGCGUUAACCGCAGCCAAUGGUAUGCACGGGAUCAACGUUAAUUUGACUGACGAAUCGGGAAUUAUACGGAUUGUAGCCGACAUGGAUAGGGGAACCCUAUAUAAUGCUACAUCAUCAAUAAAAUUGCAAUCUGAUUAUGUAUUUCAUACUUUAGGAACUAAAAUGAUCAAAACGGGUGGCAAAGCAAUUGAUAUCCUGCUACCUAAUAUUCUUCUAUAUAUACAUUGGACGCAAGAGCAAAUUUUACUUUUUUUCCCCAAUCACGUGCUAGACUUCAGCUGUGGAAUAUGCACACUCGACCAUUCCAACAUCGACAGAUUAUAUGGGAAAUUAUAAUUUAAUCUACAAAACAUGGUGUGUAUAUGAUAUAUAUAUAUAUAAUGUUAUAUAUGUAUGACACGUUGAUAAAUUUUAUGGAUUUUUGAUAUCCAUAGAAAUAGUUAAAAUAUUGCGGAAUAAAAUAAUUUUUUUUUAUUUCUUCUUAUUUAAUAUAUAUCUGAUAAAUGGUAUAGUGUACACAAGAAAAGGAUAUCUAUAUAAUUGUUAUUAUGGCUAGGAUUUUCGGCCGUUAUUAUGGUUAGGAUUUUAAUCGAAAUCGAUUGAUUGGUCAGUAUCUGAAAUUUCCACGCGUCAAUCCCACUAUUAUCAAUAAUGAUUGCUAACCGUUUAAUAAUAUAAAGCUGAAAAUCUAAGCCAUAUAUAUAAUUAUAUGCUACUAUAACAUUUUUUUCUAUCGUAAAAUACAAACUUUAGCAAAUAAUGAGCACAGAUCUAAUACAUAAAAUUAUGACUAAUUAUUUAAAGCUUUUAAAUUCUAAUUGAUUUUACUAGCCUUAGAAAGAAUCGUUUAUUUAUUAAAAAAUAAUGCUAAGAAUUCUAAGACAACAGAAGAGAGUUCUAUAAAAACGAAUAUAAUUUAUUUAUUAAGCCUUAAAUUUAUGAAACCGUUAAAAAAUUAUAUUAUAUUAAAUUAUAUGUGUGUAUAUAUAUGCAAAUACAUUAUAUAUUACA